AUGUGGUUAGUUGCGAAAAACAGUUCUCUGCUGUUGCCUGAUCUGACGCUAAUCAUUUUACAUAUUGCCUUAAGAAAUUUAAGGGUGUUGGGGUCCAUCGGGCCGAAAACCUCGAUACAUAUUGGCAAGACUUCCAUCGAGGGGAGGGCGUUCCCAUAUUUUUUCAUUUUCUCGUCCGCUGUCCUGGCCGCGGCCAAACCGCAUUCUUUACUUGUCAGCCACGACUUCAGUUCAGUUGAACAGAAAUGUACAAAUCAAUUACCAUCGGCAGUUGGCAACAUUCCGCACCUGCGCCUCUCCAACGAGACAAUGAAGAGCGGAAGUCAGGAUGGAGUUGUAAAGAAAAAGAAGUUUUUAAAAUUGUUUUGA